CAAAUGCACCAAAAUCCCAAACAAAAUUAAAAUAAUAUUUUCUCUCAUUUUCCUCCCUCCCUCUCUCAAAAAUCCUCAGAAAUCCUCCAUUUUAAUGGCGAAAGUAGCGGACGUCUUCCAUCUUCACCUCGAAGAAGAAGAAGAAGAGGAAUUCGAAGAGGAACCAUCGCAAUUAGACAUCGAUUUCGAUGCCGAAACCCUGGAUCCCUCCCCUUUCUUCGCCUCCUUCGUCUUCGAAGAGGAGGAGGAAACCCUAACCCUAGCUCCCCCAAUUUUCUCCCCUGAAAGCAAUUUGCAAAGAUCCGACUUCGACGACCAGAUCACCCUCACCCUCGACCUCUUCGAUCGCUGCCCCCAUCCCGAAGCCCUAGACACCUCCGAUUUUGGCGCGUUCGACGCCAUGACGUCUGAUUACCUAGGGUUAGGGUUAGGGCUGGGGUUUGAAGUCGAAGAGCAAGAUCAGGAGGAGGAGGAGGAAGGUCAGUGUAUGGAUCAAAGGGAUGGGCUUCGGGCUGUUGGGUUCUUCUCGGAUUCGGAAACCGAAGAGGAUCCGAAUCCGCAUCAUCAUGAUCUUUGUUGGGAUUCGCUUCGGUUGGAGGAGGACCAGAGGGAUUUCGGCGAGGAUUUCGAGUGGGAGGAGAUUGAUGGCCGGCUCGACCAGAGGGAUCUUCUGAGCAUGAUGGUUGGAGAGAGAUCGAGGAGCUCUGAAACCGAUGAAGAGGAUGAAUUGGAGGAGGAACUGGUGGAGAAUGUUGAUUGGGAAGUUCUUUUACAUGUGAGCAAUGUGGUUGUGGAGGAUGAGGAUUAUAUAAACCCUUCGGAGUAUGAGAUUUUGUUUGCUGAUCAUGAUAGUGCUAUUAGAGGUAGCCCUCCAGCUGCGAAAUUGGUGGUUGAGAAUCUACCGUAUAAAGUCCUGACCCAAGAGGAUUUGGCCAAGAAUAAUGCAACCUGUGCAGUUUGCAAAGAUGAGAUUUUGUUGGAGGAGAAGGUGAGGCAGUUGCCAUGCAUGCAUCAUUAUCAUGGGGAUUGCAUCUUGCCCUGGUUGGGGAUGAGGAACACUUGUCCAGUUUGUCGAUAUGAGCUGCCGACUGAUGAUCCUGAGUACGAGAGGUGGAAGGCUCGGAGGAGGACUAGUCAUGAUGGAAUGGCUAGUAAUGAUGGCAGGCACAUUUUUCUACGACCUCAAAAGUUUUAUGUUAAUGGACUAAGGUUUGUUAUGGAAGACAAGUUAUGGAGGACAGCUGCACUUGUGCCAGGUAUUUCAUAUCCAUCUCUUUGUAACUAAGGUAGUUUAGUUUUU